AUGCUCUACAGAAAGAUCCGCGAGCCUCAGCUCAUCACCGUCACUGUCACCAUUUUCUGCCGUUAGUCUCGCGUUCUGUUCGUUUUUAUGAUUUCUUUCAGAACCCGGAAAACCUCCCAAAUUCGCUUCUUGCCGUUUGAACAGCUCGGAAAUCAAUGAGAAGUUGCUGUCAAAAGGAGGAAAAGAGAAGCAAGAGACCUGUCAGAGCUCUCCCAAGUCUCAGGUGCACAUUGAGGUGACAAUUGCUUCAAUGAUCCGCUUCUCAGAAUGCCACGGGCCCGCAUCCAAUGAAGUGCGAUCACACCUGUCAAAGAACUCCUGAAAAGGCAAAUUCAAGUGAGAAUUUUCGAGCGUUGGUCAUAAUAUAACGUAAACGUAGUUUAGAACUAGAACGAAAGUUUUGUAGAUCUACCAACUAGAUUGAUUGAUGUGGUUGGUUCCAUGGUUUAUUUAGACGCAAAGCGGUUGGAAUCACUACUAAUGAUCACUUUUUAAACUACCUUUUUACACCAUAAUCGAACCACUUAAUUUUUAUUGUGAUAAAGUGAAGUUUGAAAAAAAAAUAUUGAGGGCACGAAAUAAAUGUUUAGAAAAUAUUCUCAAAGAUCUACACUUUUAUGGUUGCAGAAGGAAAAAUGAGGACCGAAUUAACAAAUAAAAAGUAUUUUAAGAUAUUCUUCUUAAUAUUUCACUUUUUCUUUCACCGUAAAUUUUAGGUAGUGGGAAAAGUUCUGGGAAAAUUUUGUUGAAACAUGACAAAAUUAAAGAUUUUCUCUAACGUUUUUGAACGCUUCAAACUAACCCUUACAACGGCCCUGAAGGGAAACUAAAAAAUUCUUGUAUGUCAGGUUUAUUUUUGAUAAUGGAAUGUGAUACAAUCUCUGCUUGCUUUUGAUACUUUCAAAGUUUUUCGAUUCUAGUUUUCGAGAAUGCAAAAAAAAAACUUCAAACCUCAAUAAUUUGCUUUGAAUGUUUAUGCACGUCACCUAUCCUGAAUGCCUUCUUUCGAAUCCCAUUAAUCCAUUCCCAGUCUCAAACUGCUUCUCAAUUCUAUUUUCAGCUCCUAACGACCGGCACGUCUAUAUCGAGAUUCGGAAGAAGAACCAAGGCGAUUUUGUGUGGGAUCAUCAACACACCGUCGACUUUUCUUCCCAUACCUUUCACCAGCCUCCUGAUUGA